AGUCAAGACUCGGUCACCGUAAGGACACAGGGGGCUCAAACGGUCCGGGGUCCAAACAGGACGGGGUUCAAACCGCGACUUGUUAUGGCAGGCAAACACGUGUUGGCAGCGAGCCCAAAACAAGAACCCCAACGGGAAAUGACGUCAGAUACUGAUUCAGAUCCCGCCUUCAGUCAAUCAGGACCAGCAGACGGACCGGCCGCGACCCGCUUCGACCCUCAGGCCUCUGGACUCAGCUGAACAAACAGGAUGUGGAACGAGAAGAAACAGAGUCCGCCUGCCGACCGCGGCCAGGCUGUAGCUCUCAUCAUCUUUGUGCUCGGCCUGGGAACUCUGCUGCCCUGGAACUUCUUCAUGACGGCGUCUCAGUAUUUCAACAAGCGCCUCACCCUUUCCAACGUCUCCUCUAACGGCACGUCAGGAGGUGCGACUCGAGACUACAACUAUGACAGCUGGAUGGCCCUGCUCUCCCAGCUGCCCCUGCUGCUGUUCACCCUGCUCAACUCCUUCCUGUAUCAGUGGGUGAGGGAGCGUCUCCGCGUGGCCUUCAGCCUGGUCGUCAUCUUCAUCCUCUUCUCCCUCACGGCCGCUCUGGUCCGGGUCCCCAUGCAGCCGGACACCUUCUUCUCCGUCACCAUGGCGACCAUCUGGUUCAUCAACACGUUCAGCGCGGUGCUGCAGGGCAGUCUGUUCGGUGUGGUCGGGCUCCUCCCUCCUCGGUACAGCACUCUGUUCAUGAGCGGUCAGGGUCUGGCCGGGAUCUUCGCCGCGCUCGCGAUGCUCUUCUCCAUCCUCAGUAAUGCGGAGGAAAGCUCGGCCGCGCUGGGAUACUUCAUCACCCCGUGUGUGGCCACUCUGGGGACGCUGCUGUGUUACCUGCUGCUGCCACACCUGAAAUUUGCUCGUUUUUACCUGAACAGAAGUCCCCCUGACAGCGUGGAGGUGUCGGAGAAACUCGUCAGCAGUGCAGACAAAAAAGACUUGAACAGCGCCGACCAAGAGGAGAACCAGGAGCGGUCCUCCGUGCUGGUCGUCUUCAGAAAGAUCUGGCUGAUGGCUGCGUGCGUGACGUGCGUGUUCGCCGUCACGCUGUCGGUGUUUCCUGUGAUCACCGUGCGGGUGCGGACCGUCUACAAGGGCGCCGCCGCCUGGGAAAAAGUGUUCACCUGCGUUUGCUGCUUCAUCGUCUUCAACGCCAUGGACUUGGUCGGCCGCAGCGCCCCGUCCCUCGUCCAGUGGCCGUCCAAGGACAGCGUCCUGUUUCCCAUCGCCGUGUUGUCCCGCCUGGUCUUCAUCCCGCUGCUCAUGAUGUGUAACGUGGAGAACUCCAGACUCACCGUCCUGUUCAGUCACGACUUGGCCUUCGUCACCAUCAUGGCCCUGUUCUCCUUCUCCAACGGAUACCUGGCGAGCCUCUGCAUGGCCUACGCCCCACAGCUGGUGAAGUGUCGGGACUGCGAGACAGCUGGUUCUCUCAUGACCUUCUUCCUGGUUCUGGGUCUGGCACUGGGAGCUUCAUUCUCCUUCCUGCUGGGGAAACUGGUUUAGACGACGGGGACGAGUGGACGGCGUGAGACUCUGCGUCAAACGAGGUGAAGAAGAAGA